AACUCGGAGAUAUCCCUGUUCGAGACGAACAUUCGUUUCAUGGGAAGCCUGCUGGCCUGUUACGCUCUCACUGGCGACGUGAUGUUCCGGGAGAAGGCGGCUCAGCUUGGCGAACGGAUGUUGCCUGCUUUCCAGACGGAAACCGGAAUUCCUCAUUCCCUCAUCAAUCUCCAUACCGGGGCGAGUAAGAAUUAUGGCUGGGCGAGCAGCGGGUGCAGCAUCCUCUCUGAGAUUGGCACGAUGCACCUCGAAUUCACCUACCUCAGUGACAUCACCGGCAAUCCGGUUUUCAAGAGCAAGGUCGAGAACGUAAGGAAAGUGUUGAAAAAUCUGGAGAAACCGAAAGGACUCUACCCGAACUAUAUCCAUCCGAAGACCGGAAAAUGGGGACAGCAUCACAUGUCCUUGGGAGGUCUUGGCGAUAGUUUCUACGAGUAUCUGUUGAAAGCGUGGAUCCAAUCCGGCAAAGAAGACGUCGAAGCCCGACAAAUGUACGACGAAGCGAUCGCCGCCAUAGAUCAACACAUGAUCAAGACGUCUCAGGGCAAGCUGCUCUACGUGUCCGAUCUGAAAUACGACAGGCUCGAGCACAAAAUGGGUCAUUUGGCGUGCUUCGCCGGCGGUAUGUUCGCAUUGGGGGCGAAAACCCUCGAGAACGAAUCGUCUGAAAGAUACAUGACGAUAGCCGCUGGCCUGACCAACACGUGCCACGAAUCCUACGAUCGAAGUUACACGAAGCUCGGACCGGAAGCCUUCCACUUUAUCGAGGGUAACGAGGCGAAGAGCUUAAAGAACGGCGAGAAGUACUACAUUCUUCGACCAGAGACGUUCGAGUCGUACUUCGUGAUGUGGCGGCUGACAAAGGACCCGAAAUACCGUGAAUGGGGCUGGGAGGCUGUUCAAGCGCUCGAGAAAUACUGUCGUGUUCCAGGGGGCUUCACCGGGCUCCAUAAUGUUUACGUGAUCGAUCCUCCUCAGGACGACGUCCAGCAGAGCUACUUCUUCGCCGAGACGCUCAAGGUACCGAGAUUUCUAUCGCUGAUUCCUCUGAUUUUUAGUCAAUUUCCUUGUGUACACAUAUACCUCUAUCUGCUGUUCAGCGACGACGAUCUCAUAAAUCUGAACGACUGGGUGUUCAACUCCGAGGCGCACGUGCUUCCCAUCAGGGGUAACCCACUGUACCGGCCGUCUCCACCUUUAUAA